GAAGGUGCUGAAGGAAAUACCUGUUGGUGAGCUGAAUCCAAAUGAAACAGUCCAAGCUAACCUGGAAGCACAACUACUCUCAAAACUAGACCACCCAGCCAUUGUCAAGUUUCAUUCGAGCUUUGUAGAGAACGCAAGUUUCUGCAUCAUCACUGAGUAUUGUGAGGGUCGAGAUCUGGAUUGUAAGGUACAAGAAUACAAGAAAAAUGGUGACAUGAUUCCUGAAAGUCAAGUGACAGAAUGGUUCAUCCAGCUGCUGCUUGCUGUAAAUUACAUGCAUGAAAGGAGAAUACUUCACAGAGAUUUAAAAGCAAAGAACAUUUUUUUGAAGAACAAUCUGCUUAAAAUUGGGGAUUUUGGGGUUUCUCGUCUUCUGAUGGGCUCAAGUGACCUGGCAACAACCUUCACCGGGACUCCGUACUAUAUGAGCCCUGAAGUCUUGAAACACCAGGGAUACGAUUCAAAGUCUGACAUUUGGUCUGUUGGCUGCAUUCUUCAUGAAAUAUGCUGCUUGGAACAUGCUUUUACUGGCCACAGCUUUUUAGCUGUUGUUUUGAAAAUUGUGGAAGGUCCAACACCAUCUCUACCUGAUCGGUACCCUAAUGAGCUUAAUUUUAUAAUGAGCAGAAUGCUGAACAAAGAUGCGUUACUUCGUCCACGAGCGGUGGAAAUUUUACAGAUUCCAUAUAUACUAGACCAGCUACAGAAAGUACAAUGGAAGCUUUAUGGAUCUAUAUUUGAACAUGACAAAACAAUCAUCUGUCAGAAGGAAGCUGACCAAAUCAGGAAUGCAGUUCAGAGAAAGUUCCAUCUUCAAACUCUUCGCGAGCUUUCAGAGGUCCAGAAGAUGACCCCAAGAGAAAGAAUGAGGUUACGAAAGCAGAAUGCUGCAGAUGAUAAGGCAAGAAGACUGAAGCAAAUUGCAGAGGAAAAAUAUCAUGAAAAUCAGAAGAGAAAACAGGAAUUGAGGUCUCGGAAUUUUCAGCAGCUUAGUAUUGAUGUGCUCCAUGUUGAUGAGGAGCCUCAAAAAUAUCUUAUGCAAUCGGAACCAGUGAACGCAAGAAACUGUAAUAGACGUAGCGAUGGCAGCAAUGAAACAACAGAUAGACUUUGUGUAUCUGAGCCUUCUAGUCAUAUUCCUGAAGAUCCACUCAUAGCAGACCAAUACUAUGAAGAUGGCUUUGACUCAUGUUCUGAAGAAAGUGAGACAGAAUUGAUAGAGGAGGAGGAGGAUGCACAGAUAACUCAAACGACAUAUCAACAGGACACUGAUAUUAAAGACAUGAUGCUGAAUUUGGAAAAUGUCCUGGCCUUUAGCUAUGCAGAUACUCAGACUGCCACCAAAAUGUCUCCACCAAUUCCCAUGACAUCAAACGCUAUUAAUGACACUAUGGCACAGACUAAGUUGAAGCGCAUGAGAGAGUCAGCUGUCCAGGUUUUGGGAGAGAGAACAUUUGAAAAGGUUUAUAAUUAUCUCACAUAUGCCCGAAAAAAUAACGUCAGUGAGAAAGAAGUGAAGCAGCAUCUGGAGACUCUUGUUUCCAGGGCGAGUGACUGUUUUGUGGUGGACCAGAUCCUGUACUUUGAAGAAGAGCUUUUCACUGCAUCAUCAAGGCUCAUGAAAGCCUAAUGUUACUCACCCCUGGAGGAAUACUGAAACAUCCACAGGCAUGUGCUACCAAUAUUUAUCUCAACAGGCUACAGAUUGUAUGGCAGAUUA